CUCUUUCAUUCUACUGCGAAAAUUUUGCUGGAAUCUUUGUGUUCGUAUUAUUUCACGGAUUUAUCUCUGAUUUUCGGAUAAAUUUUUCUUUGAUUUUGUGUUAUUCUGCUUUUUUUUUAGUUUUGGAGCGGAAAUUGGUGCGAGUAAUGCAAGAAAUCAACUCGAUCGAAGGUGGCUGCAUAUUCGGCGGCAACGGCGGCGGUGGAGGAGGAGGAGGAGAUAGAAGGCUACGACUGCACCACCACCACCACAACCAAGCCCUCAAGUGUCCACGUUGCGACUCUCUCAACACAAAAUUCUGUUACUACAACAACUACAACCUCUCUCAGCCACGCCAUUUCUGCAAGGGCUGCCGUCGUUACUGGACUAAAGGCGGCGUCCUCCGUAACGUCCCUUUCGGCCGUGGUUGCUGCAAGGCCAAGCGCACGAAAAGCAAAACUUCAUCCGACGCCACCGCGGCUGCGGCCACUGCUAUGCCGCACCCGAAGCAGCAACAACACCGCGAUCGAGCUAAAGCGAAUUCGUGUUCUAGCAGCGAGAGUUCGAGUCUCACUGUAACAAAUUCUAACGUUGCGGUGACAAACAAAAACAGUUAUGCCGGUAGCGCAGCGGAGGCGGUGUCGGCAGUAACCUCUCGUGCGAACUUGAUAAGCUUGAGCGAGCCUAAGUUUCGCGGAAACCGUAACAAUUUAGGGUCCGGGACAGGAUUGCUGGAACAAGGAUCGGACUGUGGGAUAUUUUCGGGAAUUGGGAGUUUUACGAGCCUGAUUACAUUAUCAAACAAUGAAACGACGUCGUUCAGUUUCGACAAGGUAUUAAAUGGACAGUGGCGGCAGCAACAGCAGCAGCAGGUGGAAGAGCAAAAGAUGAUGAAUAUGGUAAGGGAAGAAAUCACCGGGGGAUUGCUUGAUCAGACGGUGCAGGUUGAGCUAUCAAAUAUGUCUAGUAGAUCAGAGAAUGGAUUUGGAGCGUUGGAUUGACAAGAGAAUGGAGAUCAAUCGUUGUUUGAUCUCCCUAGCGGUGUUGAUAAGACAUAUUGGAGUCAAUCUCAGUGGAUUGAUCAGGAUCACCCAACCCUCUUUCUCCCGUAAAUUAUCUUUCACUCUUCUUUCUUUUGUUUUC